UACCAAAAACGCACAAAAGGUCUCCUAUUCGUAUUCCGUCUCCAGACUCCAUACCCCAAACCCAAAGACCCUGUGUCUCUCCUUCUGCAAAUUCAUGAUGCUAAUACAAAGGCCAUCCAUUCUCCUGCUCUUGGCUUUUCUGUUACUGCAGCCAUGCAUGCUUCAUUUGUCCCAAUCUGCCAACAAUUUUACUGAUCAAUUAGCUCUCAUUGCCUUCAAAUCUAAAAUCAACAAUACUGUCUUGGCUGGUAAUUGGUCCACAACAACAAACUUCUGUAACUGGAUGGGAGUCUCUUGCAGCCUACGUAGACAAAGAGUCACAGCCUUGAACCUUUCCUACGUGGGUCUCCAAGGCACCAUUUCCCCUCAAAUUGGCAACCUCUCCUUCCUAGUCUCACUUGAUCUUGCUAACAACAGCUUUUAUGGUUUUCUGCCGCAAGAGAUUAGUCAUCUACACCGCUUGAGAGAACUUCACUUGUCAAACAACCUAUUGGAAGGUAGUAUCCCUCAAACUAUACAUAAUUGCCACAAGCUUGAAUAUUUAUCUGUUUUAGGUAACAAGUUAAAUGGUAGCAUACCUAAAGAUUUGGGCAUGUUACCAAAGCUUCGCGAAUUGGAUCUUAGUUCAAACCAUCUUAUCGGUACAGUUCCAUCAUCCCUCAGCAAUUUGUCAUCAUUAGAGAUUUUAAAUUUGGAUUACAAUAACCUCACUGGUCCAUUUCCUCUUGUUAUCUUUAACUUAUCUUUUCUAAAGGCUAUUGCUAUUACGGAAAAUCACCUCUCUGGAACCCUUCCAAUGGAUCUUUGUGGCCAUUGUCCUUAUCUUCAAGGACUGUAUAUUUCCGGCAACAAAUUCAGCGGUAAACUUCCUUCACAGUUUAACAACUGUACAGAGCUUUUAGACUUAUCUUUGUCAUACAAUAAUUUUGAUGGAAGUAUACCGAAAGGAUUUGGGAGUUUAGAAAACCUUGAACUGCUAUAUCUUGGAGGUAACAAGUUAACUGGAAAUAUACCUCCUAUCAUAAGCAACUUGUCGAUGUUACAAGAAUUUUACAUUGACAGUAACCACAUUAAAGGUAGCGUUCCAAGUGAUUUAUGGCAUCUCCAAAAUCUGAUUAUAUUGAAUUUUGAGUUCAAUGAUCUCACGGGGACAAUACCCCAAAAUCUUUUCAACAUUACCUCUCUACAAGUGCUCUCCUUGGCUGAAAAUUCUGUGUCUGGAAAUCUUCCAUUAGAUACUAGUCUCUCUUGCUCUAAUCUUGAAUAUCUAUUACUUGCUUUAAACAAAUUGAGUGGUCCUAUCCCAUCAUUUUUGUCAAAUUGUUCCAACCUCAUCCGACUAGAUUUUACUACAAACUUACUCUCUGGACCAGUACUCAAGAGUUUUGGAAACUUAAAACAUCUCGAAAUACUUGGUUUAAGUGAUAAUCAGCUAAUAGGGGAGCCUGAACAUCAAGAUCAUAAUUUCAUUGCAUCGUUAACUAAUUGCAGAUUUUUGGAGGAACUAUCUAUAUCACUCAAUCCCUUGAAUAUUACAAUUCCAGAUGCUAUUGGAAAUUUUUCAGCUUCGCUAAAAGCCAUUCUCGCAGGUAAAAGCCAAAUAAAGGGUCGAAUUCCAGUGGGAAUUGGUUCCUUGAAAAACUUGAACUUGCUUCUAUUGAGGGGUAAUAGUUUGACUGGAAACAUACCGUCAACAUUUGGGGGUUUGGAGAGCCUGCAAAGAUUGUUUCUUGAGGAUAACAUGAUUGAAGGACUCAUUCCAGAACAACUUUGUCAAUUAAAGAACCUAGGAGAGCUGUUGCUCUCAAAUAACAGAGUCUCUGGAUCCAUACCGAGUUGCAUUGGAAACCUGAGUCUUUUGCAGACAGUGGACUUGAGUUCCAACAAGUUGGCAUCAUCAAUACCAUCAAAUUUAUGGAGCAUUGCAAAUAUGUUGUUUUUGGAUUUAUCAUUGAAUUCCCUUGGUGGAGCUUUGUCUCCAAACAUGAGAAAAUCGGAUACUAUUGAACACUUGAAUUUAUCUUAUAACCAAAUCAUUGGAAAUAUUCCAAGUGUCAUUGGUGCAUUUGAAAGCCUACGUUAUCUUGAUUUGUCAAAUAACUCAUUUCAAGGAGGAAUUCCACAAUCUUUUGGACAGUUGAAAGCAUUGGAUCAGUUGGACCUCUCAAACAAUAACCUCUCUGGUUCAAUUCCUAAGUCACUUGAGGCACUUCCAUUUCUCAAGCAUUUGAAUUUAUCCUUCAAUAAGCUAUCAGGAGAGAUUCCAUCUGGUGGCCAUUUUGUAAACUUCACAAAGAAAUCCUUUUUUGGUAAUAAAGCACUUUGUGGAAAUCCAAUUUUUGGAGUUCCACCUUGCACAAGUCCAAGUUCUUCUCGAAGAUCAAGAAUAAAACAAUUUUUUCUCAAAUAUAUAGUUCCUGUUAUUGCAUCAAUUAUAAUCAUUGUAUCACUAGUCAUUAUGCUAAGAAGACACCCACAAUGUAACAUGCAAAUUCCAAGUUUACCUAUCACAUUGUCUGCAGUGGAUCAUAGAAUGAUAUCAUAUCAAGAGCUUUGUCGUGGGACAAACAACUUUUGUGAAAGCAACUUGCUUGGAACUGGAAGUUUUGGUGCUGUGUACAAAGGGCUUCUGUUUGAUGGGACUAUUGUUGCUGUUAAAGUUCUAAAUCAGCAAUUAGAGGGUGCUUUUAAAAGUUUUGAUGCUGAAUGCAAGGUGUUAAGGGCAAUCCGACAUAGGAAUCUAGUUAAAGUCAUCAGCACAUGUUCCAACCUUGAGUUUCGAGCUUUGGUAUUGCAAUACAUGUCAAAUGGUAGCCUGGAAAAGUGGUUAUACUCUCACAACUACUGCUUGAAUCUUGUUCAAAGAGUAAGCAUUAUGGUUGAUGUUGCAUUAGCAUUGGAAUAUCUCCACAAUGGUCAAUCAGAAUCUGUGGUGCAUUGUGAUCUAAAACCUACCAAUAUCCUUUUGGAUGAAGACAUGGUUGCACAUGUGGGUGACUUUGGCAUUUCAAAGAUUUUAGUCAAAAAUAAGGACUCAACACAAACCAAAACCCUCGGUACACUUGGCUACAUCGCACCAGAGUAUGGUUCUGAAGGGAGAGUGUCUACCAAAGGUGACAUUUAUAGUUACGGGAUAAUUUUGUUGGAGAUAAUCACAAGAAAGAAACCAACCGACGAAAUGUUUGUUGGAGAAUUAGCUAUGAGGAAAUGGAUUACAUCACUUCCUGACAAAAUGGAAGUUGUGGACGAUGGUUUACUUCAGAUAGAAGAGGGAAGAGAUGUGACUACCAUGCAAACCAUUCUUACAUCUAUCCUAGAAUUAGGUUUGAGGUGCUCUGAAAAAUUACCAGACGAAAGACCCGACAUCAAAGAAGUGUUGGCCAAGGCUAGCAAAUUUAAAUUGACACUUCUUGGAAACAGAAAUAGGGGUGUCUAAUAUCUAUGUUUUUACUCAAGUUAUGUGUGCGCACACACAUAGCUACACUGUUAAAGCUUGAUUUCCUCUCUCUCUCUCUCUCUCUCUCUCUCUCUCUCUCUCUCUCCUAGUGUAAUUCUAUGACCUUGGUUUAGUCUAUCUUGAUUUUGUAAGCUACUUGCGACUGGUAUGUUAUAUAUCGUUUGUGUUAUUUUA